AUUUGGGUUGUUGCUUUGCGGCGCUUUCCGCGGGGAACUGUGAGGGGUGGGGGAAACUUUGAAAGUUGGAUGCUACAGACCCGGGUUCUUUUUCUGCUGCAUCUGAAAGCAUGGGUAGCAAGAAGCUCAGAAGAGUGGGCUUAUCACAAGAGCUGUGUGACCGUCUGAACAGACAUCAAAUUGUUACCUGUCAGGACUUUUUAUGUCUUUCCCCACUGGAACUUAUGAAGAUGACUGGCCUUAGUUAUCGAGGUGUCCAUGAACUUCUGUGUAUGGUCAGUAGAGCCUGUGCCCCACAGAUGCAAACGGCUUAUGGGUUAAAGAUGCAAACAUCUGCCUCUGUCUCACCAGUGUUCUUAGCUACAACUCUUUCUGCGUUGGAUGAAGCCCUGCAUGGUGGAGUGGCUUGUGGAUCCCUCACAGAGAUUACAGGCCCACCAGGUUGUGGAAAAACUCAGUUUUGUAUGAUGAUGAGCAUUUUGGCCACAUUACCCACCAACAUGGGAGGAUUAGAAGGAGGUGUUGUAUACAUUGACACAGAGUCAGCAUUUAGUGCUGAAAGACUGGUUGAGAUAGCAGAAUCUCGUUUUCCCAGAUAUUUUAACACUGAAGAAAAAUUACUUUUGACAAGCAGUAAGGUUCAUCUUUAUCGGGAACUCAGCUGCAAUGAAGUUCUACAAAGAAUUGAAUCUUUGGAAGAAGAAAUUAUUUCAAAGAGAGUUAAACUUGUAAUUAUUGACUCUAUUGCUUCCGUGGUAAGAAAGGAGUUUGAUGCACAACUUCAGGGCAACAUGAGAGAAAGAAAUAAGUUCUUGGCCAGAGAAGCUGCCACCUUGAAGUAUUUGGCUGAGGAAUUUUCAAUCCCGGUUAUCUUGACGAAUCAAAUUACAACGCAUCUAAGUGGAGCCCUAGCUUCCCAGGCAGACCUGGUGUCUCCAGCUGAUGAUUUGUCCCUGUCUGAAGGCCCUUCUGGAUCCAGCUGUGUGACGGCUGCCCUAGGAAACACCUGGAGUCACAGUGUGAACACCCGGCUGAUUUUCCAGUACCUUGGUUCAGAGAGAAGACAGAUUCUCAUUGCCAAGUCCCCUCUGGCUCCCUUCACCUCAUUUGCUUAUACCAUCCAGAAGGAAGGCCUGGUUCUUCAAGGCCAACAGAGGCCAUAAGGGACACUAUGACCUUUGUCUAGAGCUGAUGGGGGCACGAUUUGUGAAAUGAAACAGGAUGGUGCUGCUUGGAAGAAGGACAGGAAGCCAGCAUAAUGGGGAUUAAUUAGUUGAUUGAUGUUGAUACGGUAACAGAUUUGCCCCCAUACCCUUGAGCCAGCCAUCUCAGACCUAGCAGGGAAGGUGAGGAUGAAGAAGCCUUUGUUCAGGUCUCUAGAUGCAUAGGGCUGAAGGCUUUGCGCCAUGGGAUGUCAACAGCCGUAAUAAUAAUAAUUUGCACUUAUAUAGCACCUUUCAACCAGGCACCUCAAAGCGGUUUAGCCACGUUAAUUAAUUAAAGCCCACAAUCCCCCUGGGGAGAGGAGGAGGAUGACUAACAGGAUUUGUAAUUACAGGAGGGAACAUUUCCGAAUAAAGUAUUGUCCACCAUGUAAAAAGAGUGGGUGUAAAGGAAUUGGGGUCUCCAAAGAGUAACUGAUUCAGAAGUGAAAUCAUGGAAAGAUGGGGAGGCUGGGGGCGGGCAUGGGGGUGGGGGUCUGCUCUUGUGUCAGAGGGAGGUCAGUGGGCUCAGAAUUCACUGACAGGUUCGGAUCCAACUGAGAAGCGGAACAUGUAUGGUAUUAGUGGCAUUUGGAAGGUCAUUAGUGGCACAACCAUUGUGGUGUAAAUUCAAGUUUCACUAGUAUAUUGUGUAUAGCCUUGCAGAACAAAGAGUGAGAUUCAUGCAGUAUUUAAUAAAGGAUGAAGUGAGUUCUUUGGAUUUAAAGCCCAAAGCUGGGCCAGUCAAUUAGCAAAUAAACCAAUUGGUGACCCAUAGGAUAAUUUAGUUGUUUCCAGCAGAACACCCAGCCUAAGCCCUCCUACUGUCAUGAAGUUUCCAACCAAAGCUUCAAGGCUAGGUUCAGUACAAGGCCUUGAGGCUACGACUCCUUCAAAGCCAGGCAUCAAAUCUUCCCGCCUUUGGCAUGGGUACCUCUCUCUCUCUCUCUCUCUCUCUGUCUUUUUAUUAUUAUUUAUUUAUUUUUGAGAGAGAGAGAGAGAGAGAGAGAGAGAGAGACAGCAUGAGCCAGGGAGGGACAGAGAGAGAGGGAGAUACAGAAUCUGAAGCAGUCUCCAGGCUCUGAGCUGUCAGCACAGAGCCCAACACGGGGCUCGAACUCACGAACCGCUAACUCAUGACCUCAGCCGAAGUCAGACACUUAACUGACUGAGCCACCCACGUGCCCCAGCAUAGGGACCUCUCUUACCCAAGUUGUUAGUGACCCCCCAAGCUGUCCUCUAUAGAAUCAUUUUGUACCUGCUCCCCCUCCAGAGGUUUUUAAAUGCUUUGGAGUCUACAGUCAAGUCAUCCUAUCUCAUGUUUCCUGUCAGUGCCCACCAGAAUGCCGCGCACCAAGUAGGUACAGAUCAUGAAGAAUAACUGAAUGACUGUCUUUGAACAACUUAGUAUUUGUUGAGUACAUACCAAGUGCUAGGGUGAAGCUCACAAGAGCAGGAUAUGUGUCUCGUCCUCGAGAACUAUAUUGUAAGGUAUGGAAAAGACUCAUAUCCUACUAACUCAUAUACUAUAAAACAGAAUAAAAUGAAAUGACAUGAUAGAUGUAUAUCCAAGCCACAUGCUACAAGGGCAAGAGUGGGAACGUUUGAUCCAGCUGGAGUGAGUCAGGGAAGGUGUUCCUGGAGAGCAAACAAUGUGCUGGGCAUAGGAAGGCAAUAAGGAUUUGGGUAGACCUGGAAGAGGUCACGGAGGCAGAUUUUCCAGACUGUGGUCAUUUGUCUCCCUUUGAGUGAGAUGCAUUUUGAGAACUUGUGGUCUUCAAUAGAACAUUUGUGAAAAGCAAGCUGAGUUUUUGCAGCUGAUUAAAUGUACAUUUCCUGUGA